UUUGCGUCCUUACCUUUUGCUUGGGGAAGUUCGUUUUGGAGCGCGCAGUAGCACCGUUUGGGGGCGGAGGUUAGCACGCAAUUGUACAGUUUUGUUGAUUCAGCGUGAAUAGAUCUGAGUAGACCACGAAUUUUGUUCGGAGUCUUCUCGUGACGAUAAACGGACAAACUGCGGAAGCAGGUAAGGGGGUGCCAUGCCGGUCGCUGCUCCCCUUCUGCUCGCCCUCUGGUGGUGGCCUCCGGUACUGCUCCUGCUGUCACCCCCUGUUCUGCUUGUCCUCAGCUACUCCCCCAGGAGCACCUCCCCCACCUCCACCCCACUCCACAACUCCCGCCUCAACCACCUACUGUUGGACUCCAGCUCAGGCCACAUCUAUGUGGGGGGGGUCAAUGCCCUGUACCACCUCUCCGCUGACCUCCAGCUCCUCUCAUGGAGCAAAACGGGGCCCAAGCUGGACAGCCCGGACUGCCUGCCCCCCAUCGACCCCAGUUACUGCACCCAGGCCCGGGAGACGGACAACACCAACAAGCUCCUCCUUCUGGAGGAGCAGGGCGAGGCGGGGCGGAGCCUGAUCGUCUGCGGGACCGUCCUGCAGGGCAUCUGCGAGAAGCGCAGUCUGCAGAACGUCUCGCAGGUAAUGUACCAGACGGCCAACCCCGUGGACACGCAGUACGUGGCCGCCAACGACCCGCGCGUCUCCUCGGUGGGCGUGGUCGUCGAGCGGAAGGGCGUGCGCCUCAUGCUGGUCGGGCGUGGCUACACCAGCAAGGGGCCGGGCGGGAUCCCGCCCAUCACGACCCGCCGGCUGGCGGCGUAUCUCUCCGCCCCGGCCUUCUCGCACGAGGAACUGGGCAAGCUGGUGGUGGGCAGCUACUCAGAGUACAACAACCAGUUCGUGAAGGCGCUCCUCCACGGCGACCACGUGUACUUCCUGUUCUCGCGGCGCGACAUGCGGAACACGCGCGAGUACAGAACCUACAUCUCGCGCGUGUGCGCAGGGGACCCCAGCUUCUACUCGUACGUGGAGGUCCCGCUCGACUGCUCCGCCGGCUACAACCUGGCGCAGGCAGCGGCACUGGGCAUUCACCGUGGCGGCCACGCCCUCUUCGUCGCCAUGGCUGCAGGGCAGGCCUCCACACCCACGCCCACGCCCCGCUCGGCUCUGUGCGUGUACGCCAUGGCCGCCCUGGACCGGGCCAUACAGCAGGCGCAGGAGCUGUGCUACACGGCGGAAGGGAAAGCUCCCCAGGGACUGGACGCGGCCUACAUCGAGUACGAGGUGUCCUCCACGUGCCUGAAGCUUCCUCAGGAGUCUGUGAGUGAAUACCCGUGUGGAGGUGAACACACCCCGAGUCCCAUCGCCAGUGUCCAGGCGGUCUACUCCAAGCCCGCCAUCACAUGGGCAACCCAAAUCACGGCCGUGGCUGUGGCCACCGAGGCCGGACACACCAUCGCCAUCCUGGGCGACAGGAGCGGACGACUGCACAAGGUGUUUCUCCAUGCCAACUGUACAGGUGCUCUCUAUGAGUCAGUGGAGGUGGACAGUGAGAGUACCGUCAAUGCUGACCUGCUGCUGGACUCGACGGGACACAACAUUUACGUCCUGACCGAAAGAAAGGUAACAAGGUUGCCAGUAGCUCAGUGUGAGCGGCACCUAGACUGUCAUUCAUGUCUGUCAGUCAGAGACCCCUACUGUGGCUGGUGCUCCCUGGAAGGAAGGUGUACCUGGAAGCAGGAGUGUGUUCGCCACACGCAGCCUCACCACUGGUUGUGGGGCUAUGGGCGCGAUCGGCAGUGUGUGUCCAUCCAGAGUCUGGAUCCAGCCAUCCAAAGCCGAUAUGAGCAGACCCAGGUCUCUUUCACCGUGCUGCAGUUGCCAACGCUGUCUCAGAAUGAGUCUUUGUCCUGUGCUUUUGGGACUCUCCCCGCUCAACCUGCCGUCGCCGUGGAGAACAGAAUCACCUGCCAGUCGCCUCCGCCUCAGCUCCUCCCCCCAAGCCCCUGGGGCAGCGAUCACAUGACUCUAAAGGUGGCACUGAUGUUUGGAAAAGUGACCAUCUCUCACACCAACAUCACCUUCUAUGACUGCAAGGCUGUGGGCAGGCUCAAUGCUACCUCACCGUGUAUGGCAUGCGUGAGCAGUGCGUGGCCAUGUCACUGGUGUCCUCGAGAUGAACUCUGCACUCACAAUGACAGCUGCCCUCAGCAGCACAUCAUCUACAACAACAGAGAGCCCCAUGGCUUGGAUCCCCGUGGUGCGGACUCCUGUCCCUGUUUGUGGGCUCUGGAAAGUUCUCCAUUAAUCCCAGUGGGGUUGGACACCCAGCUGUCACUACAGGGCAGAAACCUGGAUAUAUUUGAGGUGGGUGUGCAGGACCAGGAAGAAUACCAGUGUGUGGUUGUGAUCGAGGGCCAGGAGCUGCUUUUACCCGCCACGCUAGUCCAGAGUGGAGAAACAGGCACACAUGUGUUCAAGUGUAAAACCCACCAGUUUCAAUACAGAGUAAAGCAGUUGGAGUACCUGGCCCCAGUGUACCUGCUGAGGGGCUCUCAGCGUAUAGACUCUGCACCGCACCUCCGCUUGCAGCUAUAUGACUGCUCUAUGGGCCAGUCAGACUGCAGCCAGUGUCGAGCUGUGUCGGAGCAGUACGGCUGUGUGUGGUGCGGGGGAGACAUCCCAGGCUGUGUGUUCAACCAGUCCUGCUUCAGGGGUGUAAUCGACGCCUGCCCCCCACCGCACAUCACUGAGGUCCAUCCACUGACGGGCCCUUUAGAGGGGGGGACCCAGCUGACCAUCCUGGGCUCUAACCUGGGUCAGCGCUACCAGGACAUCCAGGAGGCAGUGACCGUGGCUGGGGUGCCCUGCAGACCUCUGGCCCAGGCAUACCGCAUAUCCACCCAGAUUGUAUGUGAGCUCCAGCCAGCCCUGCAGCCGAUUGCCGGGCCCGUGUUGGUGACCGUAGGCAGCUCCGAGCCGGGCUUCUCCGAGCACAACUUCACCUACCAGAACCCCCAGCUGACGCACAUCUCCCCCAGCAAAGGGCCCAUGGCGGGGGGCACAAGGCUGACCGUGCAUGGCUCGCAGCUCCUCACGGGGCUCAGCACAGACCUGCAGGCCUUCGUGGGUUCCCAGCCCUGCCGCAUAGUGAACCAAGUGAGCGACACACAGCUGGUCUGCCGAACCAGCCACUCAAACCAAACUGCAGCGCUUCCCGUCAGUGUGCUCUUUGGGCAGAAAGCAAAGAAGAUUGUGGGUAAUGUUGUCUUUCACUAUCUGGAGGACCCAGUUAUCACAGACGCCACUCCGGUGGAGAGCUUCUAUGGGGGUGGACGUAACAUAACGGUAUCCGGGCAGAACCUGGACGUGGUCCAGCAGCCGAUGAUGGCCGUCCUCUUUGAGGAGGUCGGCAGCGUGGCCGUCCGGCAGCGACGCUACAGUCACGUCUCAGCCCGGAACAUCCUGCUCAACAGCACCAUGGCAACGAGAAAGGCUCCGUGUGUGAGCCUCAGCUCGGCGCAAAUGACUUGCCCGAGUCCGUCGGCGCCGCAGGGAUCCCGGGUCGCCCGGGUAUGGUUCGAGAUGGACAACGUGCAUGUGGACUUUGAGAGCAUCAGGAAGGCGCCAUUCAUGUACCACCCGGACCCGGAGUUGUACCCACUGAACCGGGAGGACCAAAACUCUCCCAUCCGCUUCAAACCGGGGGGAGUCCUGGCUGUGGAGGGGAAAGGUCUGACCCUGGCCAUGAGCAGGGACGAGGUGGUGGCUCACCUGGGAGAUCAGGAGUGUGAUGUGAAGACCCUAGAUGACACCCACCUCUACUGUGAGCCCCCCGAAGAGCAGCCACAUGGUGUAGACCACACAGCGCUCCCCAUCCUGAAGGUGCAAAUGGGUGGGCUGGAGUUUAACCUGGGCUCGGUGCAGUAUGACAGUGGUACGCACUCCCCCGUGCCCCUGGAGGCACAGGUGGGGCUGGCGGCCAGCGCCGCUGUGGUCGUCCUCAUCGUCCUCGUCGUCAUCCUCAUGUACAGGAGGAAGAGUAAGCAGGCAAUGAGAGACUACAAGAAGGUUCUGGUUCAGCUGGAAACUCUGGAAAUUAACGUUGGAGAUCAGUGCCGGAAGGAGUUCACAGACCUCAUGACUGAGAUGAUGGACUUGAGUAGCGAUGUUGGUGGUCCAGGCAUACCCUUCCUGGACUACCGCACGUACGCAGAGCGCAUUUUCUUCCCUGGACAGAGAGGGGCACCACUGAGCCAGAACCUGGACCUGCCAGAGUCUCGCCGACAGACGGUGGAGCAGGGCCUGGCACAGCUCAACAACCUGCUGAACAACAGACUCUUCCUCACACGCUUCAUCCACACGCUGGAGGAGCAGCAGAACUUCUCUCAGCGAGACCGGGGCUACGUGGCGUCCCUGCUCACCAUGACGCUUCACGAUAAGCUGCAGUACUUCACCGACGUCAUGAAGAGCCUGCUUGGGGACCUGGUGCAGCAGUACGUGGUCAAGAACCCCAAGCUGAUGCUGCGCAGGACGGAGACGGUGGUGGAGAAGAUGCUCACAAACUGGAUGUCCAUCUGCCUCUACUCUUUCCUGAAGGAAAUGGCAGGUGAGCCACUGUACAUGCUGUUCAGGGCCAUAAAGUACCAGGUGGAUAAAGGCCCUGUUGACGCUGUGACUGGUAAAGCCAAACGCACCCUUAACGACAGCCACCUGCUCCGAGAGGACAUAGAGUACUGCUCUGUGACUCUGACCGUACUGGUUAAGAGUGGAGUGGAGGUCCAGCCGUGUCCGGUUAAGGUUCUGGACACAGACACCAUCACGCAGGUGAAGGACAAGAUCCUGGACCAGAUCUACAAAGGAGCUCCGUUUUCCCAGAGGCCCUCAGCGGACUCGCUGGACCUCGAGUGGAGAUCAGGGCAGGCGGGUCACCUGACCCUGUCCGAUGAUGAUGUCACAGCCAUCGUGCAGGGUCACUGGAAGAGGCUCAACACUUUGCAGCACUACAAGGUGCCAGACGGAGCCACGGUGGCUCUCAUUCCUCGCUCCCAGAGUUCUGGCAUCACGGGUGUUAAUCAGAUCUACCAGACUGGAGAAAAGACGCCCAUGCUAGAGGGCGAGGAGGAGGAGGGUCUGCGUCUGUGGCACCUGGUAAAAUCGAGCGAGGACCCCGAAAUUCCCAAACACAGGAAGAGCAGCAUGAGGGAGAGGGAACGCGCUAAAGCCAUCCCUGAGAUUUAUCUCACCAGACUACUCUCCAUGAAGGGCACUCUGCAGAAGUUUGUGGACGACGUCUUUGUGGCCAUCCUGAGCGCCAAGCGCCCGCCCCCCAUAGCAGUCAGAUUCUUCUUCGACUUCCUGGACGACAUGGCAGAAAAGCAUGGCAUCGACGACCCAGAAACGGUGCACAUAUGGAAAACUAACAGCUUGCCUCUUCGUUUCUGGGUGAACAUCCUGAAGAACCCCCAGUUCGUGUUCGACGUGCAGGUGACGGACAGCGUGGAUGCCGUCCUGUCCGUCAUCGCUCAGACCUUCAUCGACUCCUGCACCACCUCUGAGCACAAAGUGGGCCGGGAUUCGCCUGUGAAUAAGCUUCUGUACGCCAGAGAAAUCCCUCGUUAUAAGCAGCUAGUAGAGAGGUACUACAGUGAUAUCCACAGCGCCGCGUCUGGGUGCUACCAGGAGAUGAAUUCCAUGCUUACCGAGCUGUCUGGGAGUUUUGCAUCAGAGAUGAACAGCUUGGUGGCUUUGCAUGAGUUGUAUAAGUACAUCAACAAAUAUUAUGAUCAGAUUAUCAUGGCCCUAGAGGAGGAUACUGCAGGGCAGAAAAUGCAGUUAGCCUACCGGCUACAGCAGGUCGCCGCCCUGGUGGAGAACAAAGUCACAGACCUUUGAGGUUGGACACGUGUCCCAGCUGAGCUCAGCCCACACCACUGCCCUGUUUUUCACACCCCCACUUCUGGACACUUUAGCCCUUUUGGGACAUCUUAACCAAAGGGAAAAGUAGGACUCAGAAUGAGACAUCUUACCCGUUAAGGCAACUGAGUAUCAUCACAGAAUGUGUGGGGUAAAACGGCACAUACGAGGGGGCUUUCUACUAAGCACACUGAACAGUUUUUUGUUUUCUUGUUUGUUUUUCUUUGUCACGUACUCUUCAGUGGUACUACUGAUAUGUAUGUUGUAUUUGGGUGUGUAUGAGUGUACGAUUUUUAUAUUAUUAUAGAAUGUUUCCUCUGUCUCCUCUGGUUCUGCUCAUCAUGCUUUACUAAUGUGCAUGUGUGCUAUGGCAGCACAGACGAACCGUAGCUGUUGCAUGGCUUAUGACAUGUAGAGAGGACAGUCUCUUUCAUUUGAGCUUUCAGAAAUAUUAAUUGGGCUCUUACAUUCGCAAUUUUAGAUUGCAGAUAGUUGUCAAAUUAUGAAUUGUAAGCACAAGUGCCAUAAUAAGUCAAUGCAGCACAAGUGUGUGUGUGUGUGUGUGUGUGUGUGUGUGUGUGUUCUAUUUGUAUGCAUGUAUGUGUUUUAAAUUACACUGUUUCUUAUCUGUAGGUCACACAUUUCUAGUAAUAGUAACUAGAGCGUUUUUGGAAUUGAAAAAAAAUACUGCUGUUGGGGAAUUAGACUGAAUACAUUCCUUCCGUUAAUUUAAUCCUACAGUACCCAUAAUGACAAAGCAACAACAAAACAAUACUGCUGAGUGGCGGUGUGUUGCUGUAGUGUUCAAUUUUCUUCUUUGCCGUACAGAA